GUGAAAGUGACCCGGAAACUGCCACACAGCAGCUGCCACCAUGGCCUUCGUGAACCCGCUGGAGAAGCUGCAGGAGGAGGCAAUUUGCUCCAUCUGCCUGGAGUACAUGAGUGACCCCGUGAGCAUAGACUGUGGGCACAACUUCUGCAGGGCGUGCAUCACCGCCUACUGCCAGGAGAAGGGGCUCGGGGCCAGCGGGCCCGUGUCCUGCCCUCAGUGCCGGGCGGCCUUUCGCAAGAGCAACAUCAGGCCCAACAAGCAGCUGGCCAAUAUCGUGGAGACCAUCAAGCAGCUGGGGUUGCCGCCGGCCAAGGCGCAGCCAGAGGCGCUCUGCAGGAAACACGAGGAGAAGCUCAAGCUCUUCUGUGAAGAGGACGGGGAGGCCAUCUGUGUGGUGUGUCGAGAGUCCCUGGAACACCGGCCUCACACUGUCUACCCCAUUGAGGAGGCGGCCCAGGUGUACAAGAUCAAACUCCAGAAAUCCCUGGAACGGUUGUUGAAAGAGGUGGAUGAAAUUAAGAAACAUGAAAUGGUGGACAGGACAAAAACCCAGGAAUGCAAGGAGGUAGUUAAAAAAAAGAGAGAGAGGAUUGUGACUGAAUUUGGGAAGCUGCACCAGCUGCUGGCUGAGGAGGAGAAGCUGCUUCUUCAGAAGCUGGAACAGGAAGAGAAGAUAAUCCUGCAGAAAAUCAAUGAAAACCUAACCAGACUUUUAGAGCUGAGAUCCUCUCUGGACAAGCUGAUCCUGGAGAUAAGGGAGAAGUUCCAGCAGUCAGCAGACGGGUUGCUCAAGGACACGAAAAGCACCUUGAGCAGGUGUGAAGCGGUGACAUUUCAGGCUCCAGAGGCUUGCUCCGUGGCACUGAAAGAGAAUUACAGCAUCCCGGAGCACUGCCUGGGCAUGAGGAACAUGCUGAAGAAAUUCAAAGAGGACGUGACGCUGGAUCCAGAGACGGCGCACCCCGAACUCAUCCUGUCCGACGACCGGAAGAGUGUGAGACGGGGCGGCAAGAAACUGAUCCUGUCUCUGUUUGACAACCCCAAGAGAUUUAACGCCUCCCCACUGGUCCUGGGGGUUCAGGCCUUCAGCACGGGGAGGCGCUACUGGGAAGUGCAGGUGGGAGACAAGACGGAGUGGGGCCUGGGGCUUUGUAGGGAGUCUGCCAGCAGGAAGGGGUCUGUUGUCCUGUCCCCUAAAAAUGGCUACUGGGUGCUGCGGUUGCAGAGCGGAGGUAAAUACGAGGCCCUCACCUCCCCCCUGACCUCACUUCACCUGAGUGUGAGACCCAGGCGGGUUGGGAUUUUCCUGGACUACGAGGCUGGAGAAAUCACAUUUUACAAUGUGACCGAUCGAGACCACAUCUACACAUUCACCGACCAGUUCUCUGUGCCUCUCCGGCCUCUCUUCUUUCCUGGUGCCUCCGCGGGCGGCAAAAAUGCCGAGCCGCUGGUGAUCUCCUGGGUCAGGGACACAGAAGGGAGCGGGUGCAUCCUUCUGUAACUGUCUGUCUGCAGGAGGUGUCGACGCUGCCCCUUUAUCCCUCCCAUCAGCACAGCGCCAGGGCCGACGGGUAGAGGUAGGAGUGUAAUUAACCGGCUCUGAAGAGCUACUGUCCCAGCCCUUCAGAACGGGUCAGUUUCACUCUUGUUCUGAGCUCUGAGCAGAGCGGGGUGAAGGAGCUGGGUGCCUGUUGGGGACAGGGAUGGAAGAGCAGGAGCCUGGGGGCAGAGUUGCCGUAUCAGGCGAGAGCACAGCACAAGUUCCCAUGUGGCCAUGGAGGUCCGCAAUGACAAAGAUGUUACACGCAGCUUAACGUUACUGAAAAAUUAAUACCCUCCUAGCCAGAGUCCUCAUCAGCUAACCAGUUCCAGGCUGCACCCGGGAAAGCGCUUUAUGGGGGAAAGGUUGGGGUUUGGUGGUGGGCAAGUGGGGUGUGAGAGUUUAGUCUCCCCGGGGUGACCCACAGGCGAGUGAUUUUAGCCACAUGUGAGAGAUGGAAAUGACCUAUUAGAGAUGUUACUUACACGCUAAUUCCUUCUGAUGAAUUCCAGCGAGCGGGUGUUGUGCACCGUAUAGCACGCGCUGUGUAGCUGCCAAUUUAACAGUGACUUGUCCAUACACAACGUCAAUAAAGAACUAAUCUGG